GGGUGGCAUGCACGUCCCCCCCCAACUUACUUGGCCACAAAGACGUUAACAGGCAAUAUUCAAAGGUUUAUGGCGACUCGUACAGAGAGAGACGCAGCGUUUCAAAAGGAGACGGACGAAAUCACCGACAGAGAAGAAAGAGACUAGAAAGGGCGUGGGAGACGGCCUCUCUCCCUGCCCCAGCCUGGGCCGUCAACCUACAAAAUCCCUUGUCUGAAAAGUGUCACUGUCCAAAACCACCCGGGACACAGCGGUAAGAAAUCCAGAUUAAAAACCUUGCCCUUUGCGUGGGGCCAUAUCUCCCCACGCAGCCCCAGUGGCAAGGACCUACGUAGGGUGACCAGACGUCCCAAUUUUAUAGGGACAGUCCUGAUAUUCGGGGCUUUUUCUUAUAUAGGCUCCUAUUACCCCCCACCCCCAUCCCGAUUUUUCACACUUGCUGUCUGGUCACCCUGGGCUGACCACCUCAUGCAAAAAUGACAAGGCAGCCAGUGGAGAGGUGCUUAAAAUCCAGGGCAUUUGAAAAAGAACCCCCAGCAGGGCCUGGAAGGGUGUGUUCACGCUGGCAUCUGGCAGUGGAGCUGUGGGGCUUUUCUCUGCAGCUAGAAGGGCUAGAAACUUUAAAAAUAUAUAUAUUAAAGUGAAGCGUCCCAGCUAAUUCCAUCCAUCCCAGAGCUGGGAGUGUAUGAACCACACGCCACAUCAUGAGAGUCGGGCAAACUGGCUAACACCCAGCCAGUUUGAAAAGGACCCAUAUUUCCCCCCCACCCCCAGUUAAUAAGGCUUGUUUGCUCCUGGACUUUGGGACCACUUCUCGGAAGGACUAAAACUCAAUGCACUAGUGAGGGGCUCUGCCCGCUUUGAAAGAUGCACGUGCCUAAUGGGGAAAUGACCCAGCUGCACCACCCCAGCCAAAGCCCACCCCCGGCCCUAAGUAGGGCUUAAUUGUCACCCAAACGGUUCUUUAGAAAAUUGGGUUUCUGACAGACUUGGCUGCAUCCUGCCGAAAAUGUCCAUGUUUUGUUUUAAUACCCACCAAAUGCCCCCAAAAUGAAAAUAUGUCCCACCUGACCUGCGGCCGCGGAACUCUGUGGGAGUCGUAGUUUGGGAGCCUUCUGCUCCCAUGCGCCUCUAUGGUCAGGGCUCCCGGCCGGACUUCACUUCCCAGGUUGCACCGCGGCCAAGCAGGAAGGCUGUGGUGCUUCAUGGGAGAUGUAGUCCAAUCAGGCAGCCCAAUUAAAAAGGGGUCUGGGAGCUGAACUACACUGCCCAUGAGGCUCUGCACUGGCAUUUCAGACUUAAAAUAUUUCUGUUUGUAGCUAAUAUUAUAGAUUUAGGGUUUCUUAUUACCAAAAACUUGAAAUUCAGCACAGAACCCCCCUCCAUUUUCAGCCCCCCUGUAAUUUUAAUGUAUGCGUCUUCCAUGCAGCCCCCACCAGCUGCUCCUCUGCCCCCUCCCGCUGGAAAUUCUGGAGUGGAUCUUCCACAUCUGAGCCGCCUUUGCUUCCUCGCCAAGCUCUGACGUGCAGCCAGUAACGCGGCCCUUCCGCUGCGUUACCAGAGCCAUUGGCUUUACUGGUGCUCCCUUGGGAAAGCUGUACAAACAACUGCUGUAUCCCACCCCAGAGGUGGCUGCCUCUCAGCGCCAGGCAGAAGAUCCCUGGUAUCACAAAUGAUGUCACACACCCCCACCCCCACCCCAAGCCCACUGGCCUCACACAGCAGGGAUCGGAUCCUGUGUCUCCCUUUGCAAACAGCUCCCAUCAAUGGCUUGACUCAGGUCUCGGGGGCGGAGGGGAGGAUAGAUCAGAGCAUCCCAGUGGGGCCAGGCCCCUGCGGUUUGGGGGUUAAUGCAAUUUGGGACUUUGAUCUCCCCUCAGUUCCAGGUGGUGACUGACGAGCUACGUGGCUGGAUCAGAUGCCAGGUGCUGCAAGGGACACCCCUCAACACACACACACACCCCAGCAUAACAGUGGGGCGGGUCGUGCCCUGCCCCAUGGAAAGAUGACACCCCUGUGGGCCAGGCCCUGCCCGGUGGAACGGGGUGUGUGAAGAGGCCCUGGGAGAGGGGAACGGUGGGGGGUUUGCUCUGUGUGUAUUUGCACUUUGUGACUAGUCUGCAUGUGUGUUGUAUGUGUGUUCUGUGGUGUGUGGGUGCAUCUGUAGCGUGUAUGCAAAUGUGAAUGGGGGUAUGUGUAGUGCAUAUGUGAAUGUGUGUGCAGUGUGUAUGCAUGCAUACAUGCAGUGUGUGUACAUGCAUGUAGUGUGUGUCUGUAGCAUGUGUGCAAGUGUGAACAGGUGUGUGUGCAUAGUGAAUGUGUGUGCAGUGUGUGUGUGCCUACAGAGUGCAUGUUGUGUGUGUGUGCAAAUGUGAAUGGGGUGUGUGCAGUGUAUGUGUGAAUGUUUGUGCAGGGUGUGCACAUGUGCCUGCAGAGUGUGCAUGUAUGUGUACAUAUGCAGUGUGUGGGCACAUAUGUGUGUGUCUGUAGUGUGCAAAUGUGAUGGGGGUGUGCAGUGUAUGUGAUUGUGUGUGCACGUGUGCCUGCAGAAUGUGUGUGCAUGGUGUGUGUGUGUACAAAUGCAGUGUGUGUGCAUGCAGUAUGUGUGUCUGUAGUGUGUGUGCAAAUGUGAAUGGGAGUCAUGAGGUGUGCACAGUGUAUGUGUGAACUGUUUGUGCAGUGUGUGCGCCUGUGCUUGCAGAGUGCAUGUUUUGUGUGUGUGUCUACGUGCAGCAUGUGCAUGCACGUGUAAAGUGUGUCCAUGCAGCAGUGUGUGUGUGCAUGCAUGUGUGUGUGCGUGCAGUAUGUAUGCAUGAGCAGUGUAUAUGUAUGUGUCUAUGUGCAGUAUGUGUGUGCACAGUAUGUAUACACGUGCAAUGUGUAUGUGUGUACAUGCAGUGUAUCUGUGUGUGCAGUAUGUAUACACGUGCAGUACGUGUGUGUGCGUGUGCAUGAGCGCAGUCUGUAUGCACACCCCGUGUGUGUGUGUGUGUACAGUGUGUGUGCGCGCAGUAUGUAUGCGCAGUGUGUGUGUUAUGUAUGUGCAGUGUGUGUGUACAUGCAGUGUGUGUGUGCAGUAUGUAUGUGCAGUGUGUGUGCGCGCAGUAUGUAUGCGCAGUGUGUGUGUACAUGCAGUGUGUGUACAUGCAGUGUGUGUGUGUGCAGUAUGUAUGCGCAGUGUGUGUGUGUGUGUGCAGUAUGUGUGUGUGCGCAGUAUGUGUGUGUGCACAGUAUGUAUGCGCAGUGUGUGCGCGUGUGUACAUGCAGUGUGUGUGCGCACAGUAUGUAUGCGCAGUGUGUGUGUACAUGCAGUGUGUGCGUGUGUGUACAUGCAGUGUCUGUGUGUGCGCAGUAUGUAUGCGCUGUGUGUGUGUGUACAUGCAGUGUGUGUGUGUGCGCAUGUAUGCACGUGCUGUGUGUGUGUGUGCACGCGCAGAAUGUAUACACAUGCAGCAGACACACAUGUCCACACCGGGGCAUCAAACCAGCUGAGGAGCAGGGGGCCCAGUGCCACCCCCUGUCCACGAGCGGGCGGCUGGAGGCGAGAGGCCAGGCAGCAGUGACACCACUAGGGGCGGGGCAGGGGGGUCACACACUGGCUGGCUCCCAGACCCCCCACUGUGAGCUGCCCCCUGCGGCAGGCCGACACAGAGUGGGGGCCUUCUUCCGCCACAGGUGGGAUCUGACUGCUGGUUCUUGUACCUCUUUGGAGCCGGGGGGGGUCGAGUCACCCCUCGCCCCCCAAAUCACCCCUCCGGGCCCAGCUGCAGCUUGAGUCCCUGUGUCUGGCUGACCGACAACCCAGCCCAUCCCCAGACCCAAGGAGAAGAGCACGACGCAGAACAAAACGAGUUAAACGAAAACGCCAUGGGGGGUGGGAUUGUGGCACUCCCCCCCGGCUCCCCCUUCUC